UACGCUAUCCGCACUUGGAUGAACCCUUCGGCCACCGACCAUAAAAGCACCUAUUCCACUCAAAGUUGAUCCUGGGUCAGACAAGGCUGCCCCUUUUUCCUCAUUCUGUCCCACUGUCUACCACCCGCUCUGCCCAAAAUGAACGCCGAAUCCCGCUUGGAAAAACCCUAUCGCGAGUUCAUCGCCGACCUCGGCCAAGCACCCCAUCUAACCGGCUCCACAGACGAAACCAAGCAGCAAUGGAACAUCCUCAUCAGCAAAAUGAUGCAACGAUACGGCUUCCCUCCCCCCGACCCGACCGUAAUCACCGAGACAGUCCAUCUCGGCGACUUCUCGGUCCGGACUUACACCCCCAACGACGCCAGUGAUGCCAAUCUCCCUCUCGGGGUCUACUUCCACGGAGGCGGCUUCGUCAUGGGCAGCGUCGAGCAAGAAGAUGGCUUCGCCCGCGCCCUAAGCAAGAAUGCCCAGAUGAGGAUCGUCAGCGUCGGGUAUCGACUCGCGCCCGAGUUCAAGUUCCCGACUGGGUUGAACGACGGGGUGGCUGCUGCCGUUUGGGCCCUCGAUCACUUUGGUGCUGACGAGAUUACCUUGAUGGGGACUUCUAGCGGUGGCAAUCUUGCAUUUGGGGUCGGGCUGAAGCUCAUUGAGAUGAUGGGUAUGCGGGAUAGGGUCAAGGGAGUGGUGGCGUUGGCUCCGGUGACGGUUCACCCUGAUGCUGUGCCGCUGGACAAGAGGGAGGGUUAUACCUCGUAUGAAGAGAAUGACGAGUACACGGUCAACAGCAAGUCGGCGAUGCUAUCCUGGUUGGACACGUAUGGUGGCGCGCCGGAGGAUCCAUAUCUGUCUGUUCUUCUUCAUCCCCGCCUUGGGGAUUUGAAGAAGGUAUACGUGACCGAGUCCGGGGCGGAUACGCUGCGAGAUGACGCAAGGCUUAUGAAGGAUAGUCUUGAGGAAGCUGGCGUGGCGGUUCUGUACGAUGCUUAUCCUGGUUAUCCGCACUACUCGUGGUUGUUCCCUUGCAAGAGUCUUGCGGAGCAUCAAAAGGUAUUCUGGGGAAACAUGUUCAAGGGAAUUCAUUGGGUGGCCAGUGACUAGACAGUUGGGUUAGAAGAAUGGCAAUCAUCAUUGAAGCAGAACCAAUGCGUGAACAAUUAAAGCUGGGUACCGAUAAUUCGAAACUGG